AAUAAAUAAAAACGUAAUUCUGAGUUCUGACCUGUCAUUAUAUCAAUAUAUAAAUAUUUACUUACUGAUUUUACAAAUAUAUAUGAUAGUUAUAAUUAGAAGUUUAUAGUUCGAAUUUUAAAAUGAAUAUUUUACCCAAAAAAAAAUGGCAUGUACGGACUAAAGAAAAUAUUGCAAGAGUUAGGAAAGAUGAAGCUCAAGCUGCUGAAGAAGAAAAAGCUCGUCAAGCUCGUGCGCAAAAAGCUGAAACUGAAGCAAGAAUAAAUAUACUGAGAAAGCAGGCGAGAUCUAAGUAUGAUGGUAGACCUGACGAAGAAAAUAAAGUUGAUGAACCGGAAGUAAAAGAGCAUAUUAAUUUUUUUAAAGAUUUAGAAGAAGGUAGAGUCGAUCACCAUAAACCUAAUGCUGAACGUGAAGCUGAGAAAAAAGCUGAGAAAGAAAAAUAUGAAAAACAAAUUGGAUACCUUACGUACUUGGGACAAAAUACCAAUGAAUCAACUGGUAGCAAGAGUUGGUAUGAAGAAUUACCGCGUAGAUUAACUGAUACAGAUGUCAAAAUAGAAGUUCAAGGUGAUAAAAAAGUAAGACAUGAUCCUAUGGUUGCUAUGAAACGGUAUCUGAGUACCAUGGGCUCGGAUUCAAAACCUAUGACAUCUCAGGUGUCAUCUAGUAGAAAGCGGAAAUUGUCGGGUGAUGAUGACAGCGAGAGACUGUCAAAGAAGCACAAGAAGUCGAAGAAAUCAAAAAAACAUAAACGGGAUAAAGAUGUAGAGGAAGUUAAAAGUACGAGAGCUAAUGUAGAUAUUGAAAAAUUACGCGCCGAGAGAUUGAUGAGAGAAAGAGCCGAAAAAUUGAGAACUGAAGCGCUAUUGGCUAAAGUCAGAGGUGAUCCUGUUCCAGUUAUCAAGGUCGAGGAAGAAGUUAUUCAGAAGACAAAUAAAAUAAAACAGAAGUAUAAUUCACAAUUUUGUCCGGAAAUUGCAAGACAAAAUUUGGUCGAUACACCAAGACGUUAAUUAUUAAGUACAUUUAUAAAUGAAAUUGUUAAUGAAUAAAUUAAUUUAU